UUUAACCAAGAUGUCUAUGAAACUGAUUGCAGUUUUGCUCCUACUGCAGCUGAGUGGUUUCUUUGGGUGUGGGAGUUGUGGAAAGGUGCUGGUGUGGCCAGUGGAAUUCAGCCAUUGGCUCAAUUUAAGGACAAUCCUUGAUGAACUUGUGAAGAAGGGUCAUGAAGUAACUGUUCUGAGACCUUCAGCUUCCUUUUCUCUGGGUGCUGACAAGACAUCUACCAUUACAUUUGAGACUUACCCGACAUCAUUAUCCAUCUCUGACUUACAGGAAAUUUUUGUGGAAAUAUUUAGGAAAAGCAUUUAUGAACUGCCCAAACAACCAUUUUGGAAAUACUAUUUAACAUUUCAAGAAAUUGUUUGGAUGUAUUCAGAUUAUUUUGAGAAUCUCUGUAAAGAUGCAAUUUUGAACAAGGAACUUAUGAAAAAAUUACAAGAAUCCAGGUUUGACAUCAUCCUAGCAGAUAGCUUCAGUCCCUGUGGUGACCUGCUGGCUGAGAUUCUCAAAGCACCCUUGGUGUUCACCCUGCGCUUCUUUCCUGGAUCCACAUAUGAAAAGUACAGUGGUGGACUCCCACUGCCUCCUUCCUACGUGCCUGUUGUUCUGUCAGAACUCAGUGAGCAGAUGACGUUCCUGGAGAGGGUGAAAAAUGUAAUGUACAUGCUUUAUUUUGACUUUUGGUUCCAAAUGUUUAAUGAGAAGAAGUGGAAUCAGUUUUACAGUGAAGUUCUAGGAAGACCCACUACUCUAUAUGAGACAAUGAGCAAAGCAGACAUGUGGCUCAUUCGGACCUACUGGGAUCUGGAGUUUCCUCACCCCACCUUACCAAAUUUUGAUUUUGUGGGAGGACUCCACUGCAAACCUGCCAAGCCUCUGCCUAAAGAGAUGGAAGACUUUGUCCAGAGCUCUGGAGAACAUGGUGUUGUGGUGCUUUCUCUGGGGUCGAUGGUUUGCAAUUUGACAGAAGACAGGGCCAAUGUGAUUGCAACAGCCCUAGCCCAGAUUCCACAAAAGGUUCUAUGGAGAUUUGAAGGCAAGAAGCCAGACACUCUAGGCUCCAAUACUCAGCUGUACCCGUGGAUCCCCCAGAAUGACCUACUUGGUCAUCCAAAAACCAAAGCCUUUAUAACUCACGGUGGAACCAACGGCCUCUAUGAGGCGAUCUACCAUGGAAUCCCCGUAGUCGGCAUUCCCUUGUUUGGAGAUCAACCUGAUAAUGUUGUUCGCAUGCAGACCAAAGGGGCAGGUGUUAGAGUGGACUUCCUCACGAUGUCAAGUUCAGAUCUGCUUGAUGCAGUGAAGACAGUCAUCAACGAUCCCUCCUAUAAGGAGAACGCCAUAAGACUAUCAAGAAUUCACCACGAGCAGCCAGUGAAGCCCCUCGACCGAGCCGUCUUCUGGGUGGAGUAUGUCAUGCGCCACAAAGGAGCCAAGCACCUUCGGGUGGCAGCCCACGACCUCAGCUGGUUCCAGUACCACUCCCUGGAUGUGAUUGGGUUACUGCUGGCCUGCGUGGUGACUGUGACAGUCAUCAUCUCAAAAUGUUGCCUUUUUUGUUACCAGAAGUUUGCUAAAGCUGGAAAGAAGAAGAAAAGGCAGUAGCUGUAUCUACAUCUGAAUUUAAGAGGUUUCACAUGGACCUCUUCCAGUGCAUUCCAGAAAGAUGGGAUGACAAUCAUGGGUUCCUUCGACAUGUGAACAGACACUCCUCCACUGUUUAUUUGUCAAAUCACAGGAUGUUUUCCUAGAUAAGUAAUGUUUAAGAAUUAGCAGUAUUUCAGGCCAAAGAGAAAUUGAAAUAAAAAAAAAAUAACAAUUAAAAUAGUCAACAUUGGCAUAUGUAGGCAUUUUAGGAAUUCACUUUUCCAUGACAUAAAUAGGCUGAAGGAAUUCAUGUCCACAAAACCAGCCCUUCAGAGAGUUCUGGAAGCAAUACA